UGCGCAUGCUUGAAGAUGCCUAUAAAGUCACAGGACAUACUUUCAAUGUUACAUUGCGGGGAAUCUUUCAGAGAGCUCACUAAAGGCUUGCUACAUAAGAAGAGAAAGAUGAGGUCCUACCUGUGUGUAGCUCUCUCUGUUCUGGUCCUGGCCGCGGACCACAUCCUUGCUAGUGACACACCUUCGGACACAGCAGGAACCCACCCAUUGACGUAUUCUCUCAAGGUUUCCAAGGAAAUAAUCACAGAAAGGCAUAGCACAAACAUCUCUGGAGAGCCAGGCCCUUCAGCUCGGAAUAAUACCAUUGCUGUAUUUGUUGCUUUCAAUGAUGCUAAAACUAGCUACAUCCCUCCAUUCACCUACGACAACUCCAACCUUGAGUGGCAGAGGUUUUCCGGGUCUCUGCCCAAUGAAGCAGUGGGCAUCUGGAACGGCUACACCAAGCGGUACGAUUACGUGUGCAGAACAGUUGAUAGCUGUGAGACCGGAUUCUACCACAGUGGAUAUGGCGAUAAUUGCUUCUACGCACACUACCCUGACUUGCGGUACACUGCUGGUUUUUACAUCCUCGUAAACAAAGACGGAUUUGAAAAUCUGCAGUGGAAAUCGGAAUCCUAUGGGUCUGUUCCUGCAAACUCAGUCAAACCGUGUACGUCAGCGAAGGGUUAUGUUGGAAAAAACUGGUACGGUUUAGGAUUGGUUCAUGCUGGAGAUUCAUUCUAUUUACCUUGGUUGUCAUCGCAUAAGAAUGGUAGAUUCUAUGGGUACACUACAUGGUACAGACAAUCCUACCAGGUUUUGACAAUAAAUACUGAUGAAUUUUCGCAGGUGAUCCAAGAUGUAAAGUAUGACAUUGAUAAUAGUAACUACAUAGACGCUCCCCCAUUCGCCGUUGAUGAACACACUGUAGUCAACAAACGUUGCGAAAGUGCGAUGUUUAGUGCCACACUCUCUGCAACCCAAACUGAAACACACACCUGGCAAUUCGAUUACUCUAUGAAGCUUGGAAUCAGCACCACUUUUACCGUAGGGUUACCUACAAUAGUUGGCACAAGCAUCACCAUUGGUUUGGAGCUCUCUUUUCAGUUGACUAAGGGAUUUCACAUCUCUCAAUCUCAAACCACUAGCCUCCAUGUGCAAACCAAUGUGCCCCCAAACGUGAAGUGCCCUCUUAAGAUGCAAGGCAGGAAAUACACACUAAACAUACCAUUUACGGCUCGCCUUGGCCGUACCUACAGCAGUGGUGAGACAAAGUGGACCACCAUCUACGGUACUUAUGAAGGAGUUCAGGUGUCUAAUUAUGAUGCUAUCAUAGAGCGCUGUGAGCGCCUGGCUGACCCCUUGCUUUGUCCGGAUAAGGUCCAUGUGUCAGACACAGAGCUUUGAGAGUGAUCUCAAAGUCAAGUUUGUUGGGGUUUCAUUAGUACAUACAGUACAGGGGAUGUUUUCUUGCUUUAGUGUUGUAUGACUGAAGGUCAGUCAUUCACCAAAAUCACAUUUACAUUGAUUCAUUUAAGCAGACACUUUUCUUCACAGUGACUUACAGUACAGAUAUACAUCUUGAAUUAGUAUACAUGCUAGCUAGGAAUCAAAUCCACGCCUUGCUCUACCAAUCACAUCACUAUGUGCCCAGGAGUUGGAGGGCACAGGAUGCAUUCAUGUUCAGGGGCCCUUGAUUUCAUGAUCCAUUCCGUGCUCAUUGUCUGACUUUGUGUGGCGGUUAUAUUAGGUACUGAUAUGGAACAUGUCUAGUUCAAUAUUGGCAUGGAUGGUCUAACAGCCUUAUGGACCUGAUAGACCCGAGGCCUGUGGGUCUUGUGUCAAAUGCUGAAGUGUUGUACAGCUUGGCCCAACCUCAAGCUCCACAUUAGAUAACCAUGACAACACAACCCUUCACUGUUAAUCAUUUGUUGUUGCUUCUUGCUCUGUUUUCCUGUCAUUGUGAAAUGUUA